CAACACUUUGGGGGUGGAGACAGUCUGUAGCACGCCACCAUCCCUCAUUGGGUGACAUGGGCGGCAUCUGAAUGCUCUAGUCCUGAUGGGCACUAGAGCAAGCGAGAUACAACCCAUACCCAAAUCACAGUGUGGGCAACGGGUGAGCUGAGACUGAGUGUAGCUUACCCCGUCCACCAUUUAAUAAAAAAUAUAUCGGGUAUUUGUACUUUUCCAUCCAAUGGAUGCAGCAGUGAUGAACCCCCAGAUAAUGACGGAUGUCAACGGCAACAGCAAUGCCGCGAACGCCGAACUGGAGGUGAAAAAGCUCCAAGAGCUGGUUCGGAAAUUGGAGCGGCAAAAUGAGCAAUUGAGGACGCGGGCGAACGGCUGCACUGGUAGCCCCCACAUUCUACCUCCCUCCCCGGCCUACAUGGCGGGGAGCUACUGCAUACCUAGUCCGUUACCGACGCUACUCUGCCAGUCUUCCUUGGAGUCAUUUUUCCCGUUGGACGAACCGUUCGAAUAUUUACAUUCACCUUAUGUUGAUACUGCUCUUGAGACGGAGGCUGAUUAUAUGGAACCUACGGUUCUGGAUGAGGUGGACAUUCUGGACCUAGAUGCUAUAUUCUCUAAUGAAGACUCUGAAGCUACCUGGCUGUAUGUGUCAGCCAAGGCCCGGCUGUGGGGGGAGAGCCCUGUUACCCCCCUCCAGUGGAGCAGACAGGUCCUGGACAGCCCCAGAACAGAGGUGGAGUCUGCCCGCUCACUGUGCCUCAGGUUGGACCAAGGCCGCAGCCUCCGGCGGUUCCUCCUCAGCCCCCAGUCUUCCAUGGACAGUGAGCUCAGUGCCUCUGAGCUGGAGGAUGACUCCAUAACGCAGGGAUACAAGCUGCAGGACCUUGUUGACGUCCAGGUCAUGGCUCGUCUGCAGGAGGACAGUCUUCGUCAGGACUACGCCACCACCCCCACCUCCAUCAACCGCCGCAGCGGCAGCUUCUCCUUCCUCUCCCUUCAGCACAGCGGCGAGGCCGACCUGGAGGAGGAAGAGGAUGAGGAAGAGUACGUGCAGCUACCUCCUCCCCAGCCCCGUCUGACCCGUGUGGGACCCACCCUGCAGCGCGGCCUCUCCCACUCCCACACCUUCUCCAGCAUACGGGACUGGAGAAGGAGCACAACCAGCCUCUCCAGCCCCUCCACCCCUCAGUACCCCUCUGGAGGAUUCUCCUAUCAGCCCCCUCCCCAACCCCAGGCCCUGGCCAGCCCCACACUCAGCACCUACACACCCGAACAACAGGGCUUCAGGCCUGGAUCAGAUAAGCUGCGGAGGAGCAUGCCCAACCUGUUCAGGGCUCCCAGCGUGCCUAGCCCACUGAGCCCAGCCAAUCACAUCGGCUCUCCUUCCACCCUUCGGAACAGUCUGAGUUUCGACUCGUCCAAUGGGCUGGCCAGCAGGCUACAGUCCUCCAUCCCUUCACCCGGUCAGUUGCAGAACAGAGUCCAGAGUGUGGGGAACUUCCAGUCGUUGUCACGGCAACCCCUCAAAGCCACAGCCUACGUCAGCCCCACUGUGAAAGGGCCAGUUACCAUGCCGACCUCCACCAGUCUGCAGUCCCUGAGCGGCAUCAGUGGGAUCCCCCUCCCCAGUAAACCAGCCGUGGGGGUUGGGGGCACUCCUACGCCGCCCCGGAGUAGCCUGCCCCGCCCCGCCUCCUUUAUUGGGACCAGCUCCACCCCUCGAAGCAAGAUCGCCCAACCCACACGCAGUUUAUUGACGCCUCCUAAGAGCUUGUCCAGCCUGAGUGCCCUACGAGACGGGAGCUGGAGAGAUGGCUGCUACUGAGAGAGGGAUGAAUGGAGAGGAGAAGAAGAAGAGCUGGCAAUGUAGAGACCCUGCUGGUUGGGGUCACUCACUGCCACACAAAGUGUUCUUGGAGAAUUGAGAAGGCAGGUCAACCAAACUAUAGGGAAUAACAACCUUGUGUAGAAUGCCCUCAUGAUUGGGUAUGUGAGGUGUGGUCAGCACUCAAAGUCAAACAUGCAUUCUCCACCUGUCCAAUUUGGUCUGUGCCAAGGGGAAUCCCCCUGUUGAUAUUUUUAUGCACUAACAAGUUGUAACCACGUUAUGGUUACAUUAACCUACUAAAGAAAGAGCUGCCACUUUAUGCUAAUUAAGCCACAUAAUUCGUUUUUUUACUUUGGAACUAUGAUUAAUAAAAGGUGUAUUUUCUCAAUGGAGAGCACCAAAUAUGCUGCUAAAAAAAAGUCAAAAUCACUCCCUAUUGUCUGGGUGUAUUUGGUCAAAUUUUUACAUGGCAAGGUAAAUUUAAAAUAAAUCUUAUAUUAUUUAUUAUCUUAUGAUUAGUGUAGAGACUAAAGUUAACUUUCAGUGUGCAUUGUUGGGAUGCUGAUCGUAUUGAUGCAAUAUUCAUGAUUUUUUUUAUGUGAAGCAUAUUAACCAAAUUAAAGCUAAUGUCUCAAUCUGUUUACAAAAUGUCUCACCAAGACAGGGAAAUGACUUCAAGUUGUGUUUUGGACACUUUUUAAACUAUAAAGAUUCCCUGGUAUAUCUAUGAAAUAUUUGUAAUUGUUGCACUGAUUGUACAAGUGUGAAUUCAAAUGUAAUUGUUUUUGUUCAUUUUAUUUGUGAUAUUGCACUUUUAUGGUUAAUUAUAAUUUUGUUGAUGAAGAGCACAGGGUAGAUGUUUUGUCUUUUGGGAUGAAGGAUUACUUUUUAAAGAUCACUUAUGUAGCAUUCUCUGUCUGUUUCUAAUAAUUUUUUCAGUAUUUCAAAAAGCAGAUUUAGUCUUCAUGACACACAUCUCACCAUCUCUUUCUCCAAUUUUUUUUUUUUUUUUACUGUAUUUAAUUGAAUGAGUGUAGUUGUUUUAAAAAAACUAAAAUUAAAGAUUUUCAAAUUAUAAAAAAAGUAUUAUUUGAACCUGAUAUUCAAUUCUGUCUCUAGAGUUAGUAGGCUACUGAUUAUUUUCACAGGUGAAGUUCUUACAAUUUCGAUAAAUUUGUCAGAUUGAUUGUAUUCAGUUUCCGUAUCAAAGGACAUGUAACGCUUUCUGUUUUAAGCCUAUCCCAAACAUUAACCCUUACCUUAACCAUUCACGCCUAACCUCAAAUGUGGAGUUAAUGUCUAAACAACCUUAAACUUAGAAAUUUGACGUUUGAGUAACGUGGAUGAACGUGUAAUUCUGGUGUGAGAAUGUGAGCGCUAGUUUCAGCAUUACUAGAGUAGCCUACAUCGGAUAGAGUAUUCUAUUUUGUCAGUUCGCAAUAUUUUAACAGGCAAAGCCACAGGCAGGCAUAUACCGUACCUGUAUCUUUAGGCCUACUGUGCAUAACAUGUUCAAGGUUUUAAUAAAAAUGUCGUUCCCAUACCGGGAGUCGAACCCGGGCCGCCUGGGUGAAAACCAGGAAUCCUAACCGCUAGACCAUAUGGGAGGUCAGAAAACGUAGUAGUAAGGGUUUGAUGAUU